AUGUCAGAGCUGCCCAAGGGCAUGUCCCUAAAGAAAUUCAAUGACUUACCAACUACACGUGCAAUCCUUUAUUACCUUGAUUCAGAUGAAGAAGGGGAGAAUAAAAUCGAAUACGAAGUCGGACAAAGCGUUUCAGUGUAUGCAUCCAAAGAAGGGCGUAAGGGAGUGGAUCCCAAUGAUUUAUGGUAUGCAAUCAUUGAAUGUAUCCGUGUAGACAAGCGUGCAAGGGCUUCAGAGCAUUUUUGGGUCAAGAUUCGUUGGUAUUGGAGGGCAGACUUUGAAGAGCCAAUUUUUAAAAAGGCUUCUCAGUCAGACUCCAGAUUAUUGUGCAUGGGACGCCAAGAACUGUUGGAGUCAGAUUUGUCCAUCUGGGCAGAAGCCAAAGUAUUAGCUGGUGAGAACAAUCCACAGCUUUUGUAG